AGCUCUCUUGGUGUGUAGCCUGAGACACUUGGUUCCUGAUGGAGGACGGAGGGGAAAAAAACAUUUUCCCCCAUCCUACUGAGGCAUCAGAAUUUCUGCAGUCACAGCCAUGCCGGCAACCAACCAGGGCUGGCCCGAGUCCUUCGGCUUCCAGAUAGGCGGCUGCGGCCCGUGCUACAUCCUGCGGGUGCAGGAGGGCAGCGCUGCGGCGCGGGCGGGGCUGCGCCCGGGGGACGAGGUGCUGGAGAUCGAGGGCCAGCCCGUGUCCGAGCUGGGCUGCGAGGCGCUGCUGGCGCUGGCCCGGCGCUGCGGCAACGUGCCCCCGAGCAUCGGCGUGGUGUCCCGCCUGCAGCGCGCCAGCCUCCCGCCCGGCCCGCGGGGGUGCUUCGGCUUCGAGCUGGCGAGCGGCAGCCCCCCGCGAGUGGCCACCGUCAGCCCGGAGUCUCCCGCCGCGGCCUGCGGGAUCGAGCCGGGGGAUUACGUGCUGGAAGUCGAUGGGAUGCCGGUGAUGCUGCCGGAGGCGGCGGCCGCCCUGGCGGGGUCGUGCGGCGGGCGGGCCCUGCGGCUCGGGCUGCUGCGGCCCCAGCGCGGGGCAGCCACGAGGGACCCCGCGGGCAGCGGCGAUGCCGUGCGCCGGGACAGGAGGCAGAAAGCGCAGGAAUUCAGCAGGAAGGUGGACGACAUCCUCGGAGACCAGCCAGAGCUCAAGGAGAGGGUGUUCACCGUGCUGAAGCAGUACGCGGCCGAGAGGAAGGUGGAGUGCCUGGCCUAUGCCCUCUGCAUGGUCCUCACCCAGGAGUCCCACCAGCACCUCAUUGACAACAUCAGGAUUUUCAUCCCCAAGAAGCACCGGCAACGCUUUGACGAGGUGGUGUCUCAGAGCCUGAUCAGCAAACUGUGCCGCUCCAAGAGCGAGCAGCACAGCAACCGCCUGCGCCGCAGCCGCAGCGAGGACCACCAGGAGCGGCUGCUCGUGUCCACCCGCGCCAGCUCCGUGCCCCGCAGCCACGAGGAGCUCAGCAAGAGCCUGCGCAAGAGCACCUCCCUCGUCACCAGCAGUGUGGCCUCGGGGGCUGCCCGCAGAACCGUGCGAGUUUAUAAAGGCAACAGGAGCUUUGGCUUCACACUCCGUGGCCAUGCCCCAGUGUGGAUCGAGUCUGUCCUGCCAGGGAGCCCAGCAGAGAAGGCUGCUCUCAAAGCUGGAGACAGGAUCCUGUUCCUCAACGGUCUGGACAUGAGGAACUGCUCCCAUGACAAGGUGGUGUCGAUGCUGCAGGGCAGUGGGGCAAUGCCCACCUUGGUGGUGGAAGAGGGGAUCGUCAACAUCUCCAAUGACUCUGACUCUCCUGAGUCCCCGAGCAGCUCCUCCUCCCUCACCUCCCUGCAGUGGGUUGCAGAGAUUCUCCCCUCUAGCAUCAAGAUUCAAGGAAGGACCUUCACGCAGCAGCUGGAGCACCUGCUGACCCCACCCGAGCGUUACACCAUCUGCAAGGCGCUGGAAGGCUUCUUCCAACACCGGAACAUUGACACUCUCAUUGUGGAUGUGUACCCGGUGCUGGACACACCGGCCAAGCAAGUCAUCUGGCAGUUUAUCUACCAGCUGCUGACGUACGAGGAGCAGGAGCACUGCCAGCAAAAGAUUGACAGGUUUCUUGGGUACAAGUCCUUGGCAGCCGAGGCAGAGGUGGAGGAUCGGUUCCGCAGCUCCGUCCGAGGGGCCUCCCUGUGCCGGGGCAGCCUCCGGACCCCCCGCCCCGAGGAAGGGGGGGCAGCAGGCAGUGACACCGUGGAGGUCCCAGUUCGCCUGAUCCCUGGAGAGAGACAGGCUGGUGAUGGCACAUCCCUCCCGGAGACACCCAACCCCAAAAUGAUGUCGGCUGUGUACGCAGAGCUGGAGAACCGCCUGAUCGGCGGCUUUGCCGGCAAGGUGGGAAACGCUGCCCUGCACAGGACAUCGCCCCCGGCCCCCGAGCGGGCACCGGCCGCAGCUCGCCGGCCGGGCAUGGGGCUGUCGUGGCCGAGCGAGCCGCUGGGCUCCCAGCAGUGCUACUACCGCCUGCACAGCAGCGUGGCCUCCCCGUGCAGCACCGAGUCCAACCCCUACGUGAGCCUCGACAGCAGCCCGGCCCCGUCCCCCAAGCACCGCCACUACUCGCUCAGCCCUCUGUCGCGACGGAAGAAGCUCUUCACCUUCUCCAGGCCCCCCCGCAGCCGCGACACGGAUCGGUUCCUGGACGCCCUCAGUGAGCAGCUGGGACAUCGCGUCACCAUCGUGGAUGAUUUCCUCACUCCCGAGAAUGACUACGAGGAGAUGAGUUUCCAGGAUGACCAGGGCAGCUAUGUCACCAACGACGUCAGCAGCAGCGAGUACAUCAGCAGCAGCGACGAGGGCAGCUCCCUGACCUACUCCACGCUCUCGGACCACAUCCCCCCCCCGCCGCUCAGCCCCCCGCCGCCGCCGCCCCCCCUGCAGUUCCACGACCCCCAGACCGUCCCCACCAAGGCGGAGGCCGCGAAGGCCAGCGCGUCACCCGCCCCCAAAUCCCUCGUCAGCCACCUGCACCCCAUCCCGCCCCCGCCGCCCCCCCCGCCGCCCCCCCCGGUGCCCUGUGCCCCCCCCUUGCACCGGGGGCUGCUGCACCGCCGCAGCGAGUCCAACCACAUGAGCGUCAAGAGGCUGCGCUGGGAGCAGGUGGAGAACUCGGAAGGGACCAUCUGGGGACAGCUUGGGGAAGACUCGGAUUAUGACAAGCUGAGUGAUAUGGUCAAAUACCUCGACCUGGAGCUGCACUUUGGGACACAGAAGCCCACGAAGCCAACUCUCUUGCCUGAAAACUUUAAAAAGAAAGACGUGGUUGAAAUUUUGUCCCACAAAAAGGCCUACAACACAUCCAUCCUGAUAGCCCACCUCAAGCUGUCGCACAUCGAGCUGCGCCAGAUCCUCAUGACGAUGGAGACGGACCGGCUGGAGCCCUCCCACAUCAAGCAGCUGCUGCUCUACGCGCCGGACGGGGAGGAGGUGCAGCGCUUCCAGAGCUACAAGGAGAACCCCGGCAAGCUGAGCGAGCCCGACCAGUUUGUGCUGCAGAUGCUGUCAGUACCCGAGUACAAGAUCCGCCUGCGCAGCCUGCACUUCAAGACCACCCUGCAGGAGAAGACAGAGGAGAUCAAAGCCAGCUACGAGUGCAUCUGCAAGGCCUCCCUAGAGCUGAAAAGCAGCAAGAAGCUGGCAAAAAUCCUGGAGUUCGUGCUGGCAAUGGGAAACUACCUGAACAACGGGCAGCCCAAGACCAGCAAAACAACAGGCUUUAAAAUCAACUUCCUCACCGAGCUGAACACGACCAAGACUGUUGAUGGGAAAUCCACCUUCCUGCACAUUCUUGCCAAAUCCCUUAGCCAACACUUCCCAGAGCUCCUGGGCUUUGCCAAGGAUCUUCCGACAGUGCCGCUCGCUGCCAAAGUGAACCAGAGGACACUGACAGCCGACCUGAAGGACCUGCACACCACGGUCAGUGACAUCCAGCUGGCCUGUCACAACAUGCCGGCCACCGCGGAGGACAGAUUCGCCAUUGUCAUGACUUCCUUCCUGGAGAGUGCCCAGCCUGCCAUGCGGUCUCUGGACGACCUGCAGCACAAGGCCAUGGAAGAGUUCAGCAAGGUGUUGUCCUUUUUUGGGGAAGACUCGAAAAUGACAACUUCUGAAGCUUUCUUUGGCAUCUUUGCAGAAUUCAUGAGCAAGUUUGAGCGGGCUCUCAGUGACGUGCAGGCGGGCGAGAGCCAGCGCAGCCCCAGGAUGACCUCUCCCCUCGCCUGGUGAGGGGCCUGCGGUGACCUGAGCUGCCACAGUUCAUUGCCAACAAAGUGCAAUUUGCUCCUGUCGAGUUUGGUUGUAAAUACGCUGCUGCCACCUGCUCCCACCCAGCAGAGCCACGGGCGGAGGGGCCGGGGCAGGUGGGCACUGAGCAGGCACCGCUGGUGACAGUGGGUGGUGUGAGGGUGAGGCACGGGGACACGAAGGCAAACACUGCACUGGGCUUGAUGACAGCUUUUCUAGCAUCCUCCAUCUCCAGUGGAUUCCUGAGUCAAGGAUUUCAGACCCAUCUGGUGAAACUCCACUCGCUCGAGUUUCCGGAAGAAGAGAACUUCCCCACGUCCCCCUGGCCACGGCCCAGCACGGGGGGCUCUGCCCAGGCAGGCACCACUCGCCCCGCCAGCCUUGGGGCCGGGGUUAAAGCCCAGCCACAGAGUCCCUGGGAAGCCAGAGCAGGUCAGGCAGGGGAGGGGGUGCGGGGGAUGAGGAGAAGGGAUGCCACCAGUGCCUGCUCCCCUGGGACCCUGAGUAACAAUACUGCUGAGCUGCUCUCCAGUCCCUCCCCAAUCCUGUCUGCCCUGGAGCAGAGCAUGUGGGGCUGGAGCUCCACCUGAACAGACUGUAACAGUGGAACAGACAUCACUGGAGGUGGUCUGCAGGCUUUAAUUCCCUGCCAUUGCCAGCCAGUGGCAAUGGAAAGCAAUAGGACCUUGCAGAACCCUUCUAACAUGUCCAUGUGGUCCCAAGGACGGAUCUACCUACCCAGCUUCAUCCCGCCCAUCAGCUUUGCUUAAAGCUGUGCCAGAGGCUGAUGGAUCUUGAAAGCUUCUCAAGAGUUUAACACAUCAGCACAAGGCUUAUUGGAACUCGCCAGCAGCCAGAAAUCCCCGAGCAUUUUGGUGCCUCCUUGGAAAGCACAGAACCCCUGGUAGCCUGAAAAUGAGUGGGAGUCCUCUGCAGCCCCAAGUGCCUCUCCAAGGCACAGCAGAGACAGCAGGAAAUGCAUCCCCUGCCCUCCUCCAGUCACUUCCAAGAGCUGGAGUCCUGGGUCCCUUUACUGUUCAUGGUGACCAUCCCAGGGAACUCCAGAGGUGUGCGUGUCCAUCCUCCAGUGUCCAUGUCCUUCUCUCAAGGUGCAUGUGUGUCUUUCACUGAGUCUGGCUGUCACUGAAUUCCCAUGUGGGAUGGAAGGGGAGCAGCACCCCACGGCCAGUGCAUGCACCUGAGGGUGACAGGGUGCCCGAGAGCUGCUGGCAGCAGACCCCAGUGCGCUGCUGUGAGAUCACUCUGUGCAAAACGCAUCCGUUGCCUUCCAAGCCUGUCCCGCUCCCACAUCCCCCCCAUGGCAGUGCCCCAGCAAACCACAGUGUAGGGACCCCCCUCCCCAUUGCCAGAGCAAGGGCUCGUCCUGCAGCUCCGCUCAAGGACACGACCACCAACCGGUGCAUUAUUUCUGGGAGACCUUACGACCAUCAAAUCUCCAGGUUUUGGUAUUUUUUUAAACCCUGCUGUAGAAAGUGAAGUAUAUUUUCACAAGUGUUCUCCGUUUAUACAGCUUUAAGUGCCAGGUAGUGUGUAGCCUUGUGUUCCCAGAGGUCCAGACCUGUCCCUGCCCCGAUGGAGGUGACAAGGCCACGCUCCCUCUGCUCCAUUUUCCCUCUUGGAUGUUGCACACUGCAUUCCAUUGAUUUUUUUUCUUUUCUUUUUUUUUUUUUUUUAAAUACAUUCAUUGUUUAAACCACCGGAGGUUCUUUGAAGCUGUCAUGACAGUAACUGCUGUACAUAGAUUUUGCUACAUGUUGUAACUUUCCAAGAUAGUUAGAACUCCAACCCCUUUGGUAUUUUUAUGUGAUAUUUUCAAAGAACCAGAACUUCUGGUUAUAUGAUUUGAUAAUGGGACUCUGUAUAUUCACAAUUCAGUCUCAACCCAAUGCCUAUGUGCUACUCCCAAAAUAAAGCUACUGCCUUCUGCCUCCUGA